UUUUUGUCACCGCCUGAAUUAUUCAGAAUAAGGAUAACUCUGUAUAGCUAUGUGUACUUGUGGGUGUGAAGUGAAAAUUAUACAGAUGCGUGUUGUAAUCCAGUUAUAGUCAUAAUAAUAUAACGUAACAUACAUGGGAACAAAAUGAAGCCAUUGUCAUUUCUUCUUGAUGAAACCUCAGAUACUAUUGGGAGUUUUACUGUGUUCGCACUCGGUAUUCUGUAAAGACGAUGAACAGCAAAGGAAUGAACUUGAGGAUCCUGAUGAUGUUCAAUACAGUUCCAAAGUUGAUCAGAAACGUCAGUCUCGUCGAAGCGAUAGAUAUGGGCCAGUCACUUUUUCUGAAAAUCCAGAAGACAAUGCUGAAAUGAACAGCAACAGAUUCGUUACAAUUACUAAGAAGCAAAAUAAAAUUAGGACUGAUGGUAAUCAGAGAGACAUUAUCUACGUAUAUCCGAAAGUCACCAAGAAACAUAGGAACAAGCAAAAUGAUAGAUAUUAUGCUGAUGAUAGAGUAGGUGAUUCCAGUCCCCGCCUUUAUCAAGCUUUAGCAAAGCAUGGAGCUAAAGUUCUCAGAGUUCCCCCCGAAAAAUUGGGAAAAGAUCAUAUUUCAUUGAGUCGAGAUAACAUGAAGAGGAACAACUACGCAUUCUUCUACAAGGUGGUAGACCAGCUGACGGGAGACGAUUUCUCCCAUUCCCAGAUACGCCAUGCCAGAGUAACCAACGGGGAAUACCGCGUUAAGUUGCCAGACGGCAGACUGCAGAUUGUGUCAUACAGGGCGGACAAAAACGGAUAUAAGGCCGACGUGAGAUACACCGGAAAUGACGCAGUCGAAUCAGAAAACGAAGGAGAAGAGAAGCUGCGCGAGAAGAAUAGAGGAAGUCCGAUUCAAAUAGACAGAAACAUUCGUCCAAUUCCACAACAAAUAGAUUUCAGUGGACGACGCAAGGAUGCAACUGCGAAGGCCCUGAAUUCAGUGAAUGCACUGAAGGCACGGCUACCAACCGACACUUCGCCGCAAAGCUACGAAGACUAUGAGGGAAAUCUCGUUUUGCCCACUCCAGUCGGACAUCCAGCUGCUGUCGAUGGAAAUUUGCAGGUACCUCUGCCAAUUAACGUCAAGAUUUAUACCACUAAUGCGAGGGAUCACAGCAUAGGCAGCUACAUACCUUUUCUUGCCAAUACCACUCCAUAUCGACACAAGAAUAUCAACGAUUACCAACAAGGAAGGAUUUCGCCACGUAUCAUCAGCAAUGGAGAUCACGGUAUAGUGGUUCCAAUACCAACGCCAUCUUCCUUCAUUCUGGCUGAUCAGUAUGGACAGGUGAUCGAUAACAUUCGACUGGUUACUUCGACUGCAUUGCCACUGGUCACUACUCCUACAUCUUAUGUUUAUCCUAGCGAUGGAAGACCUUAUAUCGCUUUGAGAUCUACAGUUGCC